AUGGAGGAGGUUGAUCGCAAAAUCACAGCGUAUCGUCUUGUCGGCUACACUGCUGCUGCCUUCUCUCUUGGAGCAGUUCUUUCCAUUCUGGUAACUGUCCCAUUGGCUUACCAGCAGGCUUCUAACAUUCGUCAUCAAGCUGUUGUGGACUUCCGUCAAUGCCAAGGACAAGUCUUCUCCAUCUCAACCAACGUCGUUGCUUUAGCCAAGCUCAACCGUACCGCCCGUUCUUCUGGAUACUAUGAUGAUUACAAUAACAACAACAACAACAACUACUAUGGAUCUUACGGACAAAACAACAACAACAACAACAAGAACGCUUAUCAACCAGAAGCUUCCGAGUACGGAGGACCAAACGACUCUUGCAACGGAUGUUGCCUUCCAGGACCAGCUGGACCAAAGGGAGUUCCAGGAAGACCAGGAAAGCCAGGAUCCAACGGAUCUCCAGGAUCUCCAGGAAACCCAGGACGUGACGGAGUUGUCAGACCAACUGAGCCAGUUACCCCACCACCAUGCAAGCCAUGCCCAGGAGGAGCUCCAGGAUCCCCAGGACCACAAGGACCAUCCGGACUUCCAGGAAGAGAUGGAAGACCAGGAAACAAGGGAUCUGAUGGACACCCAGGAGAAGACGGAGCCCGCGGAGCUCCAGGAUCCGCUGGACACCCAGGAAAGGACGGACAACCAGGAGCUCCAGGAGCCCCAGGACGCAACAGCCGCUUCCAAGGAGGACCACCAGGAAGACCAGGAGCACCAGGAGAGCAAGGACCAUCUGGACCAGCUGGAGCCCCAGGAAAGGACGGACAACCAGGAUCCCCAGGACCAAAGGGACCACUCGGAAGACCAGGAGAGCCAGGACGUCAAGGACGCGAUGCCUUCCCAGGAUCUCCAGGACGCGAUGCCUCCCCAGGAGAGAGAGGAAUCUGCCCCAAAUACUGUGCCAUCGACGGAGGAAUUUUCUUCGAAGAUGGAACUUUCCGCAAGUAA